AAAUUUUCCAUGAUCGAUCGCGACGACGAUUUUCGGGGCAUCUGAGCAAGGCGAAUUGGUCGCGUCGCACGAACCGAAACGCGCCAGCCUAUACACUUGUCUACUCUCCUGUCUGCGGACAGAUCGCACCGCCAAAAUGGGGCUGGACGGCGCCAAGCAAAAGCGCAAGCUUGAUCCCAAGCCGGAUGCGUCGCAAAAACGCCGGCGGGUCCACGCGGCGGCAAAGUCGAAAAAGCCCAAGAGAGCAGUGAGGGCUGAUGCGCUGCCAUGGCGUACGGUCGAUGUCCCCGAUAUGUAUGAUGACGCCGAGGGAUUCUUUGGCCUGGAGGAGGUGGAGGGUGUUGACGUGGUUCGAGAGGACGGCAUGGUCAAAUUUGUCACGGCCGGUCCGACGGUAGGCGGUGAUGAGGACGAGUUUGGUGGCUUUGACGAUUCUUCCGAGCCCCCGGAUACCGCCCCUGAAGAAACGGAGCCUACAGCCAAAGCCGACGAUGAGCCCGAGUCGAACGCCGAAGCGACUGAUGUAGUCGGGAAGGGGAAAAAGGAGAAGAAAUCUCAUCAAAAGAAGCAGGAGACUCAGAAGAAAAAGCAGGAACAACAAAAGCAGGGGAGGCCUGCGAAGGCAGAGGAGUCUAUGCCGGCAGAUGAACUGGCAGGUGGCGCCUCCUUUGCCGCAUUAGGCGAUGUCGACGAGGAGGAUGAAGACGUUGACAUGUCUCAAUGGGUCCCACUGGACCUGUCAGGGGAGAUGCUCUCUUCGAUAGCGCGACUAAAAUUCUCCAAGCCGACUGCGAUCCAAGCUCAGGCAAUACCCGAGAUAUUGGCGGGCCACGAUGUCAUCGGCAAGGCCUCUACCGGGUCUGGAAAAACGCUUGCCUUUGGAAUCCCCAUCGUCGAGCGCUGGAUUUCGUUGAGUCAAACGGCGGCCAGCAAAAGCCCUGAGGAAGGAAAGAAGCCGAUAGCCUUGGUACUGUCGCCAACCAGGGAGCUUGCCCAUCAGAUCACGAACCAUUUCAAGGCGCUCUGUGGUGGACUGGCUACUGCCCCAUACAUCUGCUCCGUCACCGGUGGUCUCUCCGUUCACAAGCAGCAAAGGCAGCUCGAGAAGGCGGACAUUGUCAUUGCUACUCCAGGGCGGCUGUGGGAGGUCCUCAGUUCAAGCAAGCAGACGGUGGCAGCCUUCAGGCAUAUCAAGUAUCUUGUGGUGGACGAGGCCGAUCGUUUGUUAUCCGAUGGCCACUUCAAGGACGCCGAGGAAAUCAUGCGUGCGCUGGACAGGAUCGAGACGACUGAGGACAGGGACAACCAGGGUCCGCCCCCAAGGCAGACCUUGGUCUUCUCUGCGACUUUCAACAAGGGACUUCAGCAAAAGCUGGCUGGAAAGGGUCGGUUCGACCUGAACAAUGACGCGCUGUCCAUGGAGUAUCUCCUAAAGCGUCUCAAGUUCCGUGAGGAGAAGCCCAAGUUCAUCGACGUGAACCCAGUUUCCCAGAUGGCUGCGAGGCUCAAGGAGGGCCUCGUCGAGUGUGAUGCAAUGGAAAAGGACCUCUAUCUUUAUUCUCUUCUCUUGAUGCACCCGACACAGCACACGCUUGUCUUUACCAACUCUAUCAGCUCAGUGCGCCGCUUGACGCCAAUGUUGCAGAACCUGACGCUGCCCGCCCUGGCACUCCACUCCCAAAUGCCACAAAAGGCCAGGUUACGAUCGGUCGAGCGCUUCACCGCCGCAAAACCCGGCACGUCUUCGAUCUUGAUCGCAACAGACGUUGCCGCGAGAGGUCUUGACAUCAAGGGCAUCGACGUUGUGAUACACUAUCACGUCCCCCGCGCCGCCGACGCCUACGUGCACCGCUCCGGCCGGACGGCCCGCGCGGAGAACACGGGGCUGAGCGUCCUCAUCUGCGCCCCCGACGAGGUGACGCCCACGCGUCGGCUCGUGGCCAAGGUCCACGCCACGGGGAGGAACAGGAAGCAGCAGUCGGUGUUCCUCCAGUCGAUCGAUCUGGACCGGCGGCUGGUCGGCAAGCUCAAGGAGCGCGUGUCGAUCGCGAAGCAGAUCGCCGACUCGACGCUGGCCAAGGAGAAGGUCGGCAAGGAGGACGACUGGAUGCGGACGGCGGCCGAGGAGCUCGGGGUCGAGUACGACAGCGAGGAGCUCGAGAAGGCCGGCAACUGGAGCGGGCGCGGGAGCGGGCGCAAGAGCAAGCAGAAGGAGGCGCGCUCCAUGAGCAAGGGGGAGGUGGCGGCGCUCAGGGCGCAGCUGAAGCAGCUGCUGUCCAAGAGGGUCAACACGGGCGUCAGCGAGCGCUACAUUGCGAACGGGAACGUCGACGUCCACGAGCUGCUGAGCGGGUCGAAGGGCGACUUCUUGGGGAAGGUGGAUGGGCUGGGCGUUAGCCCGCUGCUAGUGGAGGAUUAGGCUUGUUUAUGUCUUGACAUGCACGCCAUGAUAGUAUAAUUCCAACAUGUAAAAGGGGGGAAAAGACAAGCGAUACACGCCAAGUUAUGUGUCUCCGACCCUUCCAUAUGCCGACUGUCUGGCAUGCACACAUAGCGCACGCGUUGAACCUUAACAUGGCUUUACAAUCUUACUUGCCUUAAACCUCAAUGUUUUAAGACUUGCAAAC